AUGUCGCUUUUGGGGGGAUGUCGCCUGGGUACAUCUAUGAUGCCGACAGAGCUGAAGAGCAGCGGCGGCACCAUGACACGAUGCCCUACAUUGAUGACUCCCCCUCUUCCUCCCCUCAUCUUAGCUCCAAGAGCCGAAGUACUCAAGACACCCUCUCCUCAGGCUCCCUGGAGUCCACAAAAUCUAGUGAAACAGACUUGGAAAAGGGCCUGGAGAUGAGGAAGUGGGUGCUGUCUGGAAUCCUGGCCAGUGAGGAGACCUACCUGGGCCACCUGGAGGCUCUGCUGCUGCCCAUGAAACCCCUGAAGGCCGCAGCCACCACCUCCCAGCCUGUGCUGACCAGCCAGCAGAUUGAGACCAUCUUCUUCAAAGUGCCAGAGCUCUUCGAGAUCCACAAGGAGUUCUACGACGGCCUCCUCCCGCGAGUCCAGCAGUGGAGCCACCAGCAGCGGGUGGGCGACCUCUUCCAGAAGCUGGCCAGCCAGCUGGGAGUCUAUCGGGCCUUUGUGGAUAACUAUGAGGUUGCCAUGGAGACAGCAGAGAAGUGUUGUCAGGCCAACGCUCAGUUCGCAGAAAUCUCCGAGAACCUGAAGGCCCGGAGCACCAAGGAUUCAAAAGACCAGACAACUAAAAACUCCCUAGAAACACUCCUCUACAAGCCAGUGGACCGUGUCACACGCAGUACCCUCGUGCUCCACGAUCUGCUGAAACACACUCCAUCAAGCCACCCAGACUACUUGCUCCUGCAGGACGCCCUCCGCAUCUCUCAGAACUUCCUUUCCAGCAUCAAUGAGGAGAUCACACCCAGGAGACAGUCCAUGACCAUACAGAAAGGAGAGCACCGUCAGCUCCUGAAAGACAGUUUCAUGGUGGAGCUGGUGGAGGGAGCCCGCAAACUGCGCCAUGUCUUCCUCUUUACGGACCUGUUCCUGUGUGCCAAGCUCAAGAAACAGAUUGGAGGGAAAAGCCAACAGUACGACUGCAAAUGGUACAUUCCACUCGCAGACCUGAGCUUCCAGAUGGUAGAUGAUUCGGAGGCUGUGCCCAGCAUAUCCCUUGUCCCGGAUGAGGAGCUGGACGCCAUGAAGAUCAAGAUUUCACAACUCAAGAGUGACAUCCAGAGAGAAAAAAGGGCUAACAAGGGCAGCAAGAAUAUGGAGAGACUGAAAAAGAAGCUGUCGGAGCAGGAAUCCUUGCUUCUGCUUAUGUCUCCAAACAUGGCUUUCCGAGUGCAUAAUCGCAAUGGCAAGAGCUACACGUUCCUUAUCUCAUCUGAUUAUGAAAGAGCAGAGUGGAGAGAGAUCAUCCGGGAGCAGCAGAAGAAAUGCUUCAAAAGCUUUUCACUGACCUCAGUGGAGCUCCAGAUGCUGACAAAUUCCUGUGUGAAACUUCAGACUGUGCAUCACAUUCCCCUUACAAUAAACAAAGAAGAUGAUGAAUCUCCUGGUCUGUAUGGAUUCCUGAAUGUCAUUGUCCAUUCAGCCACUGGCUUCAAGCAGAGUUCAAACCUCUACUGCACCUUAGAAGUAGAUUCUUUUGGGUACUUCGUAAACAAGGCAAAAACAAGAGUUUACAGAGACACAUCUGAGCCAAACUGGAAUGAGGAAUUUGAGAUAGAACUAGAGGGAUCACAGACUCUGCGGGUCCUGUGCUAUGAGAAGUGCUAUAACAAAACCAAGUUCACCAAAGAAGAUGGAGAGAUGACAGACAGAAUUAUGGGAAAAGGCCAAAUCCAGCUGGAUCCACAGGCAUUGCAAGACAAAGACUGGCAACGCACAGUCAUCUACAUGAAUGGAGUUGAAGUGAAGCUGUCCGUCAAGUUCACAAGCAGGGAGUUCAGCCUGAAGAGGAUGCCCUCUCGCAAGCAAACAGGAGUUUUUGGAGUAAAGAUUUCUGUUGUCACCAAGAGAGAGCGGUCAAAGGUGCCUUACAUUGUGCGUCAGUGUGUGGAGGAAGUAGAACGCCGUGGCAUGGAGGAGGUGGGCAUCUACCGGGUUUCUGGUGUUGCCACCGACAUCCAGGCUUUGAAAGCUGCUUUUGAUGUCAAUAACAAAGAUGUCUCUCUCAUGAUGAAUGAAAUGGAUGUCAACGCCAUUGCCGGAACACUAAAACUCUACUUCAGAGAGCUGCCUGAACCCCUCUUUACAGAUGAACUCUAUCCCAACUUUGCUGAAGGCAUUGCACUUUCAGAUCCUGUUGCAAAGGAAAGUUGUAUGCUGAAUUUACUACUGUCUCUUCCAGAACCAAACCUAGUUACCUUUCUUUUCCUCCUCGAUCAUCUGAAAAGGGUCGCUGAAAAGGAAAGCAUCAACAAGAUGUCGCUUCACAAUCUGGCUACUGUUUUUGGACCAACACUGCUCAGACCAUCUGAAAAGGACAGUAAAAUCCCUGCUAAUCCAACCCAACCAAUAGCCAUGACUGAUAGCUGGUCACUAGAAGUCAUGUCCCAGGUUCAAGUGCUCCUCUACUUUCUGCAGCUAGAGACUAUCCCCACUCCUGAUAGCAAGAGACAGAGCAUCCUGUUCUCUACAGAAGUAUAGAAGCCUGGCCAGUCACUGGACGAAUGUGUCAGACGUGUUUUUGGUUUGAACUCCCCCAUUCUGGCAAUGUGGAAAACCUGUCUGUCUUUAGAAAUUCCCAUCCUCUCCUUCUGUACUGAAAAGAGGCAAUUCAUUCCUCUCCUGUUCAUCGGGCAGUGAUGGAUGAAGGGUUUUGUUUGUUUGCUUCAAAGAAGAGAUUCCUUCCUUUCACAACUGCGAUAUCAGGAAAAGAGCUGGGCCAGAGCAGCUGUGCUGUGAGUUUCUAACAGCAGAGGGAAGCACUACACAGCAGAAAAUGUUUCUGUGGAGAAUGUGCAAGAACAGAUUCCUGUGUUGUUGUUUUUUUAAAGCUGAAUUAAUUUUAUCUUUGGAAAGCUUUGAGAUUUCUACCUGGACCACUUGUGAAGAGGAAAAGGAUAUAUCAAAAUUGUAGCUUUAAUAGCUACUGUUGCUUUGGUUUUUAACUGUCCAUAUUCAGAACCCAUUCAUCAGUGAUGCCCUCUAUCUGGGAAUUCCAUUGUUAGUUCAUCAAAGCUUAUUUCAAAUAAAUAAACAAAUAAGAGGUUCCAUAACAAACCUCUUGUUUUUGUCCCAGAAAUCCAUUAGAAUGACAAAUCCCAUUUUCCCAUUUUUGGUCCCUUUUGAGGCAAAGGUUUGUAAGAGAGGCAUGCCCUGUUUCAUCAUGUGUAAUCUAAAAAACAGUGUGCUAGAGGAGAUAGAGGGAGGGUGAGAUGACAGCAAAGGGUGGGGGAGGUGACUGUACUCUCUUUUUGUAUGGACCUAAAAGAAUGGGCAAUGCCAGUGUGAAAGACGCUUCAGGCACUCUAAAUGUAAAAGAAAACUUGCAAGAGGGUAUAUGUCUAUUCUCCCAACCCCUUAUGGUGGGGGAGGGGAAGAUUUUUUUUAAAUUCCUAUACCCAAGUAGGUGGUUGUGCUGGUAUAAGGACCACAACUAAGUCAUAAAUACAUCCCCCGCCCCCAAGAUAUGGGUACAAAAGACAGUGACUAUCUCUCUGGCUGCUUAACCCAAACUCUUCUCAGAAUAACCUUUUUGAUACUUGAAUUUUAUGUUUGUCCUUCAGAAAGGUCUGUUGCUUGUGGAAAAUAUAUCUACCAUCUCUACCCCUUUUUUGCUAGUAAAUAGAUACGUUUUGAUAUGAUAUUUAAUAAUCUGUAAUGAUGAUGAUUGAGCAGGGAGCAUUCUGUAUUUUCAGAAAUUUCAGCCAUUCCAUAUUAAAUGGGUACCAGAGCAGCCAUUUCAACUAUCAGUGAACUGUAAGUACUAGAAAUAAAUCAGUGCUGGAAAUUUGAAACUUUUAA